AUGCAGCUCACAUCCGUCCUUUUGGCCCUGGCCGCCACCGCCAGCGCGACCCCCAUCAUGGGCAACAUCAAGAUGUUCUACGAUGCCAACGCCGACUGCAAUGGCGUGCCCCUCCAGACUGAGGGUGGCCAGUCUCUUGCCAUCCCCCCCGACUACAUCAACCAGUGCCAACUCAUCCCCAUGGGCGUUGCCAACACCACCUACAAGAGAUUCUCCGCCAGCGGCUUGACGCCCAUCUUCAACUUUGAGCUCUACACCGACAAGGAUUGCCAGCAGCUCGCCACCAACGCGUCAAAUGUCUGCGUUUCCGACAUCAAGUCGUACAUUCCUCGCCGUAACGACGGCAACUAA